AUGGCCGAACUAUUGGCCGGAAUGCAGAACAAUGACGAACGAAAAAGCAAGAAGGAAAACACCGAUCAACAUGAAGAACACCAGUCAGAAUCGAAUGUUAAAACGGAGAAAACUCACGUUAGAACAACAAGACGGCAAAAUAAUCCCUUCUCGGAAGAAAUAAUGAGCUUCAAAAUGCCCAAGAAUUUCACACUUCCGAUGACAUUAACGCCCUACAAGGGGAUCGGAGACCCUAAAAUCCACGUCACGAAGUUUGAAUCGAUGAUGUUCCUUAAUAGCGACUCCGAUCCCAUCCUGUGUAGAUCUUUCCCGACCUUUUUGGAUGGAGCUGCUUUAUUAUGGUUUUCUAACUUGCCCGCAGGAUCAAUAUCAAGUUUUGACGAGUUCACUAAACUAUUUGUAAACCAUUUUGCAGCAUCAAAGAUCUAUGUACGAGAUUCAGAUUACCUCAGCACCAUCAAGCAGGGGCCGCAAGAGAGCUUAAAAGAGUACAUGACGCGGCUCACAGAAGCAUCCAUGCAAAUACACGAUCUUAACCCCGAAGUACAACUGCACGCAAUCAAAAGCGGCCUCCGACCAGGGAAGUUUCAGGAAGCGAUUGCGGUGGAAAAACCGAAAAUGCUGGAAGAAUUCCGAAAAAAAGCCCAGGGCCAGAUUGAAAUUGAAGAACUCAGGGAGGCCCGAAGAAACGAAAAGCCGAUGAAAAAAGAAGAAGAAAUACCACAAAGGUCCACCGGCAGAGACAUAAGAAAGCCAUUCAAACUAGCGCCUAAGUUUGAUUCAUACACAAAAUUCAACACGAAACGGGAGGAUAUAAUCAAGGAGAUCCUGCAUAAUAAACUGAUCAAACCACCCGUCAGAGCGGGAACAUACUAA